ACUUCCUGCAACCUUCGUCUUCUUAGAAAGCCCAUCGUCUUUUAUCACUCGUUGACAAGAAAGACCCCCUCGUCGUGGGGGGGGGUGAUUUUUCAAGUUGUUUUUCAAAAGCGUGGAGGUGCGGGAGCGUAGGGUGGCGUUGCGAGAGGGUGCCGUACUCAGGCAUGCGCCUCGUCCCUUUGCAUGAGGAAUACACCAAAUCGAUGCCGGUCAGUCGCGAGUCGGCGUGGGGCGCUGUCGCUCGACGAAACUGACUUUUUUACGUUUUUAACCAAACCACCAAAAUUUCGUUAAGGGUUGCAGCCAGUCUGGAGGCGAGGAUUAGGAAAUGAUAGAUAGGAUUGCCAAAAAUCCUUUAUAUGGAUUUUCUUCUUCUUGGACAGUGAAGUUCCGCACAUAAAUGAUCUGAUGAAUAGAAAAUCCGAGAGAGGAUGAAAUAAGGAAGAUGGGAAGAGGGAUCCUCUUCCGAAGACCUAAUAAAUAUGACAUGGGUAGAGUGUCUGGGCGCGUGUUGCGCGAACGUGCCAACAUGUCGUUUUGCAUCGUCAUCAUAUUUUUUGCAGUAUUUUUUGUGAUUGUUCUCACCGAGAUAUUCCUAAUUGACCAAAGCAGCAGAUCAAGGAACAGAAGGCCGCAUUCACACCAGAAAUCAAACUAUGAGGAUGCUGUAAUUAUAGCUCAACAUGGUGAGGACUAUUUGGUCUAUCAGGGGAUUGCCGAAGAAGGUAGAGUUGGACUUUUUGCCAGGCCGCAGUAUCUUCUUCCAAACCAGUUGUCGCCCUUCAAGCCCAACAUUAAUGUCAGUAUUCCCGCGAAGGAUGGAAUUUGGCAAACUGUUGUGGGUACAAGGUAUAAGUUCUUUGUAUUUUCCGCCUACUACGACUGGAGGACUACCAAGUUGAUAAGAAUAAUGGGUGCGACCAAAACAAGAGGUCCAGACCGAGUAUGGUGCUUAUUCUGGUAUAAUGCGAGUAAUACUACUCAUACAGUAACAGGAAAAGUAAAGGUGAUAAGGGAAAACUGGAAUUUAAAAUACAGUGCGUGCUUCGUUCUAUGUCCGAUUCAAGGAAACACGACAGUUCCCGAUUCUGUUUCAAUAAUGGGCAGAUCUGUUCUCACACCUUCAAAUAGACUGAUAGUUAACAGGGCGACUGGCAAUAAAAAAAUUCAGCCCACACCGCCUCCUGAUAAAAUCGGAAUCUGCGUGAAACCUUUGCAUUUCGCGUACAACCAGACACUUCAGAUGCUGGAGUUCAUCGAACUGAACAGUUUGUUGGGGAUGGACCACAUUACCUUUUACAAUGAUUCCAUCUCUUCGACUACAGACUGUAUCCUCAGACAUUAUAUGCGCUUAGGUCGUGUAACGGUUCUUCCUUGGAAGUUGGACAUGGCCUCGCAGAGGGAAAUAAGAACAGAGGGGUUGUUCGCUGCUCUGAAUGACUGCCUGUACCGUAGCAUGUAUAAAUUCAGUUUUGUCGCUUUAAUCGAUUUAGAUGAAAUAGUCAUGCCCAAACAUAAUGACACGAUACAAGAAUUCAUUGAAUGGAUGGGUACAAGAAUUAAUACAAAAAACACAGGAUCGUUUUCGUUCCAAAACGCAUUCUUUUACCUACAGUGGCCAGAUGAUAAAUCGCUUUCGAACGAUCCUUUUGAAAGCAGUUUGACGACUUUAAGGAAGACUCGGAGAAGACUCAAACUCCAUCCUCACAAGCAGCGUUCAAAAUACAUCUGCAGACCGGAGCAUGUAAUAGAAGCGGGAAACCACUUCGUCUGGGAAUUCAUACCCGGACAUGGGACGGUAAACGUACCGUCGGACGCCGCUAUCCUCAACCAUUACAGAGUAUGUGAAUUUGGAGGUGACGAUUGUGUUAAAUCCGUAUCGGUUGUUGACAGAACAGCGUUUAGAUACAAAGAAAAAUUAGUCAAAAGAGUCAGAGAGAAGUGGUCGCAGCUACGCCAAGAGUGUGCUUUGUCGAGUAUAGAAGACGCUCAGGUCAAGAAGAGAAUUGUUAAAAAAUUAGAUGUCAAUGUUGAGAAAUUUAGGUAACAAGAAAAGAAAGUAUUAUACAUUGAUCUCAACAGGCUGAAACUGUCCCUAAAAUAACCACAGAUGUAUCCACUCUACGAGCAUGUCCCUUAUUUUUUAAUUUUACCGACUAGUAUUUGUUAUUUUUAAACAAAGAUAUAAAUUAUUUUCUGUGAUAAUUCAAAUUGUGUAUUUUGAUUUUUUUCUUUUUUAGUAACGGUUAUUACACAGACAUGUGAUAUUUCUGAAAUUCACGAAAUACAUUGUGAAACUUUGUUUUCAUACUCUAUUAAGUGCGAAUUAAGGUCCUCAAAACAAAAUAACUGACUUUUCCUUGACUUUCUGAUAAUUUCUGAAUAACAUUUAAUAUCAACUGAUUUGAACAGCAUCUUUAAUCAAAUUUCUGAUUGCUAAUAAAUAAUUAAAGGAAAAUAUUGUUUGAAGGAUGAGCAACAAAUGACCAUUUGAUGAUUUUAUGUUCGAAAGCUGAACUUUUACUGUAUGGAUAUUUGACUAUAAAUAGGACUGUAAUAUUUCCAAUAAUUAUCCGACCCAAAUGAUAUAAACAAUUUAAUUGCUGAUCUAGCAAAAGUGUAAGUUACUAGAGAUAAAUGCUUGUAAGUUUAUAUGUAGCACAUCUGUGGCAAUGAGGAGCAAUCGCUCAUGAUUAUGCAAACAGGUCACAUGAGCGACCAUGCUCCUGCUCCUGAUGCUCCUUCUAGGUUUUUUUAUGCAUCAGUACGAGUGGAAAGUUCUUCCAUUGUUCUCCAGUGUUCUGCUCACUUGCUACUUAGCGACAUAGAAAAUUUUAUUUUUGGUUCCAUUCAAAUAGUCAAUUAUUAUAAGAUAAAGGGUUAGGGAUAAAAGGAGUUUGCCUCUUUAUGACCAGUUGUCAAUUGUGCAGUCUUCAUUAUUGUCCUAUCAUUGUUGACGGUAGUGAUCUAUUGGCUCUGGAUAGAAAAUGGAUCAAUGAAGACAUGGUUAUGAGGAUACUCGGCAUGGAUGAGGCAGAAAAAAUGGCUAAAAGGAAUACUUCACAUAAAUGGAAGGAAAGAUCUGACACGUGCAGGAGAUGGUCAGAUUGGUUCGGGUCACCAAUUCUUGAUCUGAGGAGAUACGGAGAGGUCCACUACUCAUCAACUCCUGAUAGGUCUUGUACCUCAGCAAGAUGGCGAAGAUGGAAGACCCGUGUAUUUUUGGUGGGAUGACGCUCACCAAAUAUUUUUUUAAAUGUGAAUGGGCACCAGAAUGCCUUGAACUGGAUACAGUCAUAGGGCAGAUGAUGCCAGAGAAUACCGUUAGGUCUUGCAAUGGCUGGAUGAGGUUGGCCAUUUUCAUCUGCUUGACCAUCAUCUGAGGUCUGGCAACAGAAGAUGAAUUGGGAGGUGGCUUAUAAGAGUUGGUAAGCACUGUGGUACCAAUAGUGGUUUCAGGAUGGGAAAAUUGCCAGUUAUGGGUUGGUGCAAGUGCCACUCACCUAGAGGGGGGUCCUGAUCAAACUUCAGCUUUUUCCCCUCUUGGCAAAAAAUAAAAAUAAAAUUAUUGUCUAGAGCUCUUCAUUAAGCUUAAGUAAUCUUUUUAUAAUUAAGGUUUUCAGUUGAGAUAAAAAUGUAAUAAUAAUAUAAAAAUCAUUUGUCGCUGA